AAUUUGGUGAUGACUUUCCCACUUGAGACUGGAGGAAGAGAUUUGCCGAAUUUCAAGACACCUGUUUAUGAGUGACAUUUAAGGUCUACUAUGUAGACCACUUCCAGAGACUUCUAAGUUGGUGCAAGAGCUAACUUGAAUAUGCAUGCAUACUACAGAUUACCUUAAUAUAUGUUUUAAAGUUUUCUUUGAAAUUUUCAAAACAAAAUCCAUGCAGUUCGAAAAAAGCAGUACAUCUAAAAUUUGAAUCAAGUUGCAGUGAGGUCAGAAAGUUAAACAAGAACUGCAAAAAAUGUGGAGUGGACUCAAAGUCUGGACGACAGAACUACUUCACAUAGAUGACAUUCCCCACCACUAUCGCGAACACUGUAUCGUACACGGAUACCGUAAACCGAAAAGUUCUGCAACAGAUUGUGUCCUCAGCCUCUUCCAACUGACCAACGAGACACUCAAUUUCUGGACCCACUUUCUUCCAUUCUGGUACUUUAUUUGGCGACUGGUCGCUGUUUCGUACGAUUUCGAUUUCUGGGUUGACCCGUAUACAUGGCCACUUCUCGUCUUCAUGUUGUCGUGCUGUGCGUAUCCGAUCACCAGUAGUAUGGCACACUGUUUUAACUGUAUGUCUGACCGAGCGCAGCAUAUCUCGUAUUUCAUGGACUACGGCGCGCUCAGCCUCUACAGUCUCGGAUCGGGCAUCGCGUAUCACGCGUAUGUCUUCCCGGACGCUUUUGUAGGCUCGUGGUUCGACGAUGUGUUCUUGAGAGUUGCGGCGGGCUUGGCGGUGGGCUGUACGCUGCUGUCGUGUACGUCACGGUUCGAGGAUCGCCCGAAGAUGAGGAAAGCGAUGAGACUUCUGUCCUUCUCUCUACCGUACUUCUUCAACAGCAUUCCACUCUGCUACAGGGUGUUCCUGUGCCAUGGGGAGGGGUGCAGUCACAACGAGGCAGUGAUCAUCUACUACUGGAUGUUAUUCUUCUCUUUCCUGACUCCAUUCCUGUACGCUACACACAUCCCUGAAGUCCUCGCACCAGGAAAGUUUGACAUCAUCGGGCACAGUCACCAACUCUUCCACGUGACGGGGAUCAUCGCGACCAACUUCCAGAUCUCCGGCGUUCUGACCGAUCUCCAGGCGCGCCGCGAAUUCCUCGACACCGUGCGACCACAGCCCGUGGAAUUCUGGGACAACAUCGGCCUCAUGUCACUGGUCCUGGCGAAAAACCUUCUGAUCAUUCUUUUCUUCACUCUAUCUCUCUAUCUGGAGAAGCCAACAUGGCUGAAAGUCAGAGGUCAGGGGUUGAAGAGCAAAGGUGAUUGAACCCUGGAGGUCAGGGUGAAGGAGACCUAUCAGUCAUUAUCAUGACAUGAUAUUUUAAAGGAUUACCAUAAUUCUUCUGAAGUGCUAAAUGUGAAAACAAACAUAUUGCUUUUAUAAUUUAUAACUUGCUAGAAUUAUACUACAAACAGGGCAAUGUUGCAAACAAGCUUUUUUCUAAAAAAAAAUUAGUCUAUCAAUUUUAUGUAAAUUUAUCGAAGCCAGUAAUGUGCAUUAAUUUUCUAAUGUUGAUAAUUUUAAAAUGCAAUGAAACAUUCAACUUUAAUACUCCCAAUAUUAUGAUAUAUAAUAUUGACAAUUGUUGCUUUAUAUAUGAUAAAUAAAAAUUACUAGAUACAUUAGCCAUGGCAGUGCCUUACAUGAAAAGCCAGUUUAAGUUUAAAUAUGCUUGUUUGUGCCUUCUAUUUGGUAGACUGCUUUAUACAGAGAUUAUAUAAAUGACAGUCACAUGUCAGAAAUGUACAUCACUGCGAAACUUUUGACUGAGUCAAAUGGAAGUGAGAGCCCUUCAGUCAUCUUGAGCCGGUCGUGUGAGUGGCAAAAGAGUCAAACUCCAGACCAGUCAGGGUCACCAUCCACUGGACUAUGCACACUUAAAUUCAGUGUGCAUGUAGAAUGUGCUGCACAGUACAUGGAAGAGUUGUGCAAUUUACAUAGCAAGACAUGUUUAGAAUAUUAUUCUGAUUGAAAUUCCAGUACCAUAAAUUUCUCCAAUCAAUGAUCAUUAUGGAGAAGAAUUUGCUGGUAAAAAGAAAUGCGUAAACUAUGUAAGUAACUAUCUGUGCCUUAGAGCAUUGUGCAUUAUGCUGUUUAUAUGUACAUGUAUAUGUAUAUGUAUAUGUAUAUGUUACGUACUACAAGAAGAUGUGUCCUGUGCUUAGGAACUGAACUAUUGGGCAUCUUUUGUUUUAUUAGGAGAAGGCAGCUUUUGUUUUAUGAAAUUGUUGCAGUGGCCAAACUGAUAUUAUAUUUUUAUAGCUGUAGUUAACCUCCCUUCCAAAAGACCCUUUAAACUGCUUUAAACAUUUUAGAAGUAUAUAUUUUAGAUAUUGAUGAUGAACAGGGACUAAAUGGAUUGCUGCUUGAAGUAUAUAUAUAUUUUGCAACUACUUGUAUAAAUGCAAUAUCUUUGUACUAGCCUUUACAUGAAUAAUACAAUGUAUGGUAGGAAGAAUGUUUUAUAUUGGCAUAACUAUAUAGGAACGUGCAUAUUGUAGUCAUAAUAGUGAUGCUGAGACACAUCACUUAGUUGGCACGGUCUAUUCCAUUUACAAAGUUUUAGAGUGGAUAUUAAGUUGAUGAUUUUUAAGAAGAAAAGCUGUGUCAAAAUUUCGUAGAAAACUGUAGCUAAAAGUGUGAACUGUGUUUUUACUGCACUAAAAUGUGCUUCCCCCAUUAACUUUUAAUUUUUAUGACUACCAGCCAGCGAGCUUUAUUUCAUUUAAAAG